GCCGCGGCGGGGCCUCGCGAGCGGCUGCGGGUGUCCCCGCGGCGCGGGGCGGCGGAGCGGGGGCGCCGCGGCGGCGCGGCCGGUGCAUGUGCGGCCGCCGGGCGCGGGGGCGGCGGCGCGGGCGGCAGGAUGCUGGGGCAGCAGCAGCAGCUCUACCCGCCGGCCGCGCUGCUGAGCGGGGAGCGCAGCCGGCUGCUGAGCUGCUACGUGCAGGACUACCUGGAGUGCGUGGAGUCGCUGCCGCACGACAUGCAGCGGAACGUGUCGGUGCUGCGCGAGCUGGACAACAAGUAUCAAGAAACAUUAAAGGAAAUUGAUGAUGUCUAUGAAAAAUACAAGAAAGAAGAUGACUCGAACCAGAAAAAACGCCUCCAGCAGCAUCUCCAGAGAGCGUUAAUAAAUAGUCAAGAGCUGGGCGAUGAGAAGAUUCAGAUUGUCACCCAGAUGCUCGAGUUGGUGGAAAAUCGGGCGAGGCAAAUGGAGUUACACUCACAGUGUUUCCAGGAUCCUGCUGACAGUGAGCGCGCUGCAGACAAAGCAAAGCUGGAUUCCAGCCAGCCAGAAAGAUCGUCGCGAAGACCCCGGAGACAGAGAACCAGCGAAAGCCGUGACUUAUGUCACAUGACGAACGGGAUUGAAGACUGUGACGAUCAGCCGCCGAAGGAGAAGAAGUCCAAGUCCGCCAAGAAAAAGAAGCGCUCCAAGGCCAAGCAGGAGAGGGAGGCGUCCCCCGUGGAGUUUGCCAUCGACCCCAAUGAACCUACGUACUGUUUGUGUGACCAAGUGUCUUACGGGGAAAUGAUCGGGUGUGACAAUGAACAGUGUUCAAUUGAGUGGUUUCAUUUCUCCUGCGUUUCACUCACGUAUAAACCAAAGGGGAAGUGGUACUGCCCCAACUGCAGGGGAGACAGCGAGAAGACAAUGGACAAAGGUCCAGAAAAGACAAAAAAGGACAGAAGAUCGAGGUAGUAAAGGCCAUCCACAUUUUAAAGGGUUGUUUGUCUUUUAUAUAAUUCUUUCCGAAUUUACUUUCAGAAAAUGUUUUAGGGUAAAUGCAUAAGACUAUGCAAUAAUUUUUAAUCAUUAGUAUUAAUGGUGUAUUAAAAGUUGUUGUACUUUG